CGAUGGCAGAGCCAGAUAUGCACGCAAGUGUCGGGGGAGAGAGGUUGGAGGAGGAGGGCGAUUGGGCGUGGGAGGGAGAGAGAGAGAAAGAAGAGGUCAGCUAACGCUGGCUGCCCUCUUGCUCAUGUCCGCGGCUUGGGGUUGGGUUGCGCUUGCGUGGUGGACUGAGGUGCAGGUGCAGGCGGAGGUGAUUGAGGUGGUUGUGGUGGCUGGGCAGAGCAAGAGCAAACUGAGGGGAGCUGGGCCGACCAGAGUGACGUGCGCCAGCAGACAGGGGCCAACCCAUGUGCGUGCAGCAACCUCGCUUUUUGCCUCCGCAGUUCCAACUUCGAGCUUCACGAUGUCAGAAAACCUUGCACUUACCAGAGCGCUUCGCUGUCAGGCGGUGGCACACAACUGCCGAGAUUUCCUGUUCCUGCUGGGAAACAAAUGGGUGAGAUGAAGCAGGAUUCAGAAGCUGCGGACCGAGGAGUGAAUCAGCGGAGAGCGGGUUUGGACAUGUCUCUCGAAGAAACAGACGGCGUUUCUUGUACUUGUUGAAUACGAGAACUACGCAACAGAGGCUAGCCACCACGCUGUCGCUGCUCAAGAGGCGCUAUUUCCAACACCAAGAAGCGGCUUCGAA